AUGACCGAGUCCCAAAUAGCACACGACGAAUCCAACAAGACUGAACCCUUCCCCCCAUUCAAGAAUGAUGCAUCGCAAGAAUUGCUUGAAUACACGGACCAGAGCCUGGGGACUCCAUCUUAUACUCCCGAGGCAAGCCGAGUCAUUGAAAGGCCUGCCGACCAUGACAAGAAAUCUUUCAAGAAGAAGAUGUCUGAGCUGUGGCAAUUGGAAUCUCAGGUCAAGGAAUUUCUGGUCGAGAACACGUGGGGCGCCUUUCCCGGCUUCGUGUUUGUCGUCGUCGUCCUUGUGGUGCUACCCAUCUUCUACGGGCCGGCAUCCAAGUCAGCUCUACCAAACGUUCAGAUGCCACCAUCCGUCACCGCAACCGUCACAACUACAUCCUAUCUCACCACUUCGACGUCGCUGUCAGCAAGCUCCAGCAGUAGCAGCCUGAUUCCUUCGGCUACCAAUGGCCUGGCGUUAAUGCCCAUUGGCGAAGCGCAGUCGGACGACUGGAUAUUCGGCGCCAAGAAGCCGGUUGUGUCAUUCACUGCCGAAGCACACAAUGAUAUCCUAAUUCACAUUCCCAACAGCAUCAAGAAGACAUGGCUGGCCAAGGAGUGCCUGACUGUGACUGCCAAAAGAGGAGAAGUCCCCGUUGAUACCACCAUGUCUCUGGAAGACGAGGGCCUUCGUCUAAAGUUUGCCAAGAGGGAGACCCACGGCGUCGUCAGCGUCAUUCUCGAGGCUAAGUGCCGCCCAAAGAUUCACAAAGUUGUUAAGGUCCACUUUGGCAAGGGCUUGAUGGAGGGCGCUCUGGAGCGGACCAAGCAUCUCGCCCAUCUUGCCCAGGAUCUCUCCGGUCUCGUACCUGCCGCUGCUCAGGAAGCAGAGCGGCGUAUUGAGAAUGCGAAGCAGUCACUAGGCUCGGCGUGCCAAAACGUUUGCCAAACAGUCACCGAGACCGUCUCCAAGACAUUCGGCGCCAGCUUUGCCAACUUUGCAGAUGUGCGGCAGCAACUAGAUGACUUUGUGUCAACAGCCAAGACUCAAUUUGAUGAAGCAACCCAAGGCAUCACUAGCAAGAUUGACAAGAUUACGCAACAAGCUGCGGAGAAUCUGCCCUCGGUAGAAGAUGUGCAAAACCAACUUCAGCUCCAGCUUCUCGAUGCCCAAUUGUCAGCGAAGCUUUUGUGGCUGCAAACCUUUGGCAGCACGGAGGAGCACGAAGAAUACUUGCGCAAGGCCAAGUCGUACUCUGCUGACAAGCACGCAGCAGCCGCUCAGUCAAAGUUGAAGCACGCCAAAAAGGAAGUCCAGGAGAAGUUGACCGACUCUGCUUCACGGCUGUGGUCCAUGCUAAGGGGCAAGUCUGCAUGCCGACAGAGUUCGCACGAGCAGUGCAACGACGCUCCAUAA